AUGGCUGACACAUACAUGCCAAUUUUGAUGACAUCAGGGACACCCUGCGUUCUCACAUCUUCGUUUUUCCCUGAACCGCUUCGAGAUGUGUCCACUGAGUUGGUGUGUGAUGCUGGUUUACGGUGGGUGCACGAAAAGGCUCACUUAUUGGGGGACGUACGAGCAUCUGGUUUCUUGCUGGUGGAAGCGUUGGUGGUCGUUCGGGGAGACAUUGAUUUCGUAGCCCUUGCGGAGGCAGUCAUCCUCCGUGAACAGUGUGUCGUGCGCCCCCCGCUGCGCUCCUUGUUGAACUUAACCGUGGCUGAGUCAUCCCCCAUGACGAUAGGCUCUGCCACGAUGAUUGGGAGGCGAACCGUGUGCGAGGCGAAGUCAGUAGGGAGUUACGUACACGUUGAGGACGAUUGUGUGAUUGGGGAGUGGACAGAAGUCCCUGACGGUGUGUGGCUGCGCGCAGGGUGUGUUGUGCCCGCCGGGUUGAGGCUUGCACCUUACGUUGUGUAUGAAGGGCGGCCAGCGCGUCCGGUGGCAAGCCUGGAUGCGGAGCUGCACCAGCUCUUUAUGAAGGACCGAGUUUACGAGGUGUUCACUGCCUCGUUGGAGCCUGCGUCUAGAAGCGAGGGGUGA